AUGCCUGUUCCCUGGUUUCUGCUGUCCUUGGCACUGGGCCGAAGUCCUGGGGUCCUCUCUCUGGAGAGGCUUAAGGGGUCUCAGAACACGCUUCACUGCUCUCCGGGCCUCUCCUGCCAGCUCUUGGAUGCUGACAUGCUCUGUCUGCCUGAGACCAUUGAGCCUGCCCCAGGUCCCUUACUGGUACCUGCACGUCUGCAGACAGAGUUGGUGCUGAGGUGCUACCAGGAGACUGACUGUAACCUCUGUGUGCGCGUUGCCGUCCACCUGGAUGUGCAUGGGGACUGGGAAGAGCCUGAAGAUGAGGACAAGUUUGGAGGAGCAGCUGACCCAGAGUCUAGAAAGCUUAGUAAUGCUUCUCUGCAGUCCCAGGUCGUGCUCUCCUUCCGGGCCUCCACUACUCCACUCUGCGUGUUGCUGAAGGUGCAAGUACCCGUCUCCCUCAUGAGGUCUGGUCAGUCUGUGGGCUCUGUAUUAUUUGACUGUUUUGAGACUGUCCUGUGGGGUGAGGUGCAAAUCUGGUCUUACACUCAGCCCCAAUACCAGAAACAACUCAACUACACACAGAAGCUGCCAGAUUGCAGGGGGCUUGAAGUCCAGGACAGCAUCCAGAACCGCUGGGCCCUCCCCUGGCUCAACUUGUCUGCAGAUGGCGAAGAUGUGCGCCUGGUGCUGGAUGUCUCUGAGGAGCAGCGCUUCAGUGUCCUCCUGUACAGGGAACAGGAUAAGGGUUCCACCACAUCCAAGUGGCAAGAAAACAUUACUGGGCUGCAGAACUUUACUUUGAACAACACAGUCCUGGUUCCCUGUCUCUGUAUUCAGGUGUGGCCCCUGGAGCCCGAUUCCGUCCGGACGGAAUUCUGCCCCUUCCGGAACAGCCCCAGCGCACACCGGAACCUGUGGCUUGCCGCCCGGCUGCAACUACAAUCCUCUCUGUGCUGGUUGCUGGAUGUGCCAUGCUCACUGCAUGCUGAGGCGGCGCUGUGCUGGCGGACGCCUGGUGGGGGCCCCUGCCAGUCACUGGUUCCCCCGUUGUCCUGGAAAAACGUCACUGUGAACAAAGGUAACACGUUCUCUUUGCUGAAGGGCCACCCCAACCUCUGUGUUCAGGUGAGCAGCUGGGAGAAGCUCCAGCUGGAAGAGUGCUUAUGGGCUGACUCCCUGGGGCCCCUCAGAGAUGACAUGCUGCUGGUGGAGAAACAAGACUCCCAGGACAACAGAUCCUUUUGUGCCUUGGAACCUAGUGGCUGUACUCCACUUCCCAGCAAGACCUCAACGAGAGCAGCUCGUUUUGGAGAGCAGUUACUAAGAGACCUGCAGUCGGGUCAAUGUGAGCAGCUAUGGGACGACGGCCUAGAAGGGCUAUGGGUCUGCCCCAUGGACAAGUACGUCCACAAGCGCUGGGCCCUGCUGUGGUUGGCCUGCCUACUCUCUGCUGCAGUUGUGUUUCUCCUUUUCCUUUUCAAAAAGGACCGAGUGAAAGUGGCUGCCAGGGGGCGUCGGGCUCUGCUCCUCUACUCCGCGGACGACGAAGCCUUCGAGCGCCUAGUAGGCGUCCUAGCAUCUGCGCUGGGCCAGUUGCCGCUGCGCGUGGCCGUGGACCUGUGGAACCGACGAGAGCUGAGCGCGCAGGGCCCCCUGGCUUGGUUCCACGCACAGCGGCGCAAGGCCCUGCAGGAGGGUGGUGUGGUGGUCCUGCUCUUCUCACCCGGGGCCGUGGCGCUGUGCCGAGAGUGGCUGCAGGACCAGGCGUCCACAGCCGGGUCGCACGCCCCACACGAUGCCUUCGCUGCCUCGCUCAGCUGCGUGCUGCCAGACUUCUUGCAGGGCCGGGCGCCCGGCCACUACGUCGGGGUCUGCUUCGACAAGCUGCUCCACCCAGACGCAGUGCCCGCCCUUUUCCGCACCGUGCCUGUUUUCUUGCUGCCCACCCAGCUGCGCGACUUCGUAGAGGCCCUGCUGGGGCCUGGCGCCCCGCGGCUCGGGCGGCUCAGGGAGACGGAGGAACACGUGUCCCAGGCUCUUCAGUCUGCCUUGGACAGCUGCUUUCCCGCUUGGGGGUCCCGGGACCCGGAUAGAGGAUGGAUCGUCCAGGGGCGGGGGACAGGACUUGAAUAA